AUGGGUUCGAGUCAAACUAAAGAAGAACACAACUCGAGCAAUAGUUUGAUUGCUCAGACGGUGAACAACACCUUCCAGGAAAAAUUGGAUAGCCUGGUAUGGGUCAUCAUAGCUCUUGUGGCGAUUUUGUCCGCUGCCAUUGGGUUGAUGGUGUGCCGGCGCUGCAAGAGGGCGGCAGAAUUUUGGGUUCGCAAGCAGACCAGCUGCAACCCCAGCACGGCGACCGUCCAGACGGUGCCUCCACAACAGGCGCCAGUGGCUAGUGCAUACGUG